UUCAUUGAAAUCACACAAAUAAAAUUCAACACUUCCAAAGAACUCAUAAAACAUAUAAAAUCCUUAGAUUUUAUAAUGGGUUCAAAGGGUGUUGCAUCCAUUAUCAUCGUCACGUUUUUCUUUAACAUCCUCUUUUUUGUCAGUCUUACCACAGCCCAAAUGUCGGUGGCGGUUACUUCAAAAUCAAAGCAAUGUCCUGAUUUGCGUGUUUGUGUCAAUGUGUUGAAUGAUUUGAUUUCCAUUAUAAUUGGCGCCCCACAAUCCAAGCCAUGUUGCUCCCUUAUUGCUGGUCUUGUUGACCUCGAAGCGCAUGCGUGUCUUUGCACAGCAAUCAAAGGAAAUAUUUUGGGAAUAAACCUUAAUAUUCUUGUAAAAAUUUUACUCAAUGUAUGUGGAGGUAAGGUCCCUGAGGGCCCUGUAUGUUAAGGUAAUAUACCAUUGUCAAAUAAUAUGGACAAUUCAUAUUGUAUUAGUUACCAAUAAUGUAUUUCUACAUAUAUCAAUGUGUCUUUGCAUCGAUGGUUAA